UCGUUCUGGACACAAAUACGGACGGACUCAUCUCUGGUGCACACUUCCGGUAGCAGCAUGUCAUGUAUUUUGAACGCUUUUAACAAACAUUUAAUGUAAGCAAACAUCAAGCGUGUGUUGUCUUUUAACACAGACAUAAGGAGGUCGAGCUAUGAACGCGGUCUUUCGAAAGUUGCAGGCGUCUGCCACCCAGCAGGCCUUUGUGUUGAAUCAAGCACUAACAACAUGCAGAGCAACGCCAUCCAUCCAGCAUCCUGUUUGGGCUUCUGUAAACGAGAGACAAUAUAAAUCCAUGCCCACCCACGGGAUCGGGAGGUGGAGAUAUCUUUUACCUAAAGAUCCGCCAAAGAAGAAGAGGGACAGGCAGCAGAUGAAGGAGAUCGUCGUGGAGACGGAGACGACGUACGCCACUCUGAACGUCAACGUGUCGGGUUACGACAUGACGGUGGUGGAGCAUUUCUCCCAGCACAUCCACAACCUCUGCAACCGGCUGGGCAUCAAAGUGUUGGACUGCUAUGCUUUGCAAACCAAGACCACCGAGGUCUGGCUGAUGCAGGAGCAAGGAACCAAGAUGUCUGUGGACUCCUUCCUGAAGACUCACAACCGAGUCGUGCAGUUAAGAAGUCUGAACGCCACCAUGUGUCCUAUUUUCCUGGAGGUUCUUUUGAAGAAUCAACCAGAGGGAGUGCAGCUCUCUGUGCAGGAGCACACAGAGGUGGAUUACAAAACUCGCUUCAAGGGCCGUCCUGAACUCGAGGGUCUCAAGGCGAAGAUCAGCCACUAGGACCCCAGACUCACCUUCUUCACUUUCCUGACUCCUUAAACUGUUUCUCACUCACAUGUUAGAUCUGGUUACCUGUGUUUUAAUUGUUUGUAUUUAUUCACUGCUGUUUAAGGUGAUAAUUUGCAUAAAAAAAGAACUGUACACAUUCAUGUUUGACUUUCUUUUGUGACAAUUUGAAGACAAUAAAACUACGUCUAUUUUCUACAACGCAA